AUGGCGGAGGCGUGGGACGAGAUUCGGCGGUUGGCAGCCGACUUCCAGAGGGCGCAGUUCGCCGAGACCACGCAGAGGUUAUCAGAACGGAACUGCAUUGAAAUUGUGACUAAACUAAUUGCUCAGAAGCAGUUAGAUGUGGUACAUACACUUGAUGGUAAAGAAUAUAUUACUCCUGCUCAGAUAACUAGAGAAAUGAGGGAUGAACUUCAUGUUCGUGGUGGUCGAGUAAACAUUGUUGACCUACAGCAGGUAAUUAACGUGGAUUUAACUCACAUUGAAAACAGGAUUGGUGACAUCAUUAAGUCAGAGAAAAAUGUUCAAGUCGUGUUAGGACAGCUGAUAGAUGAGAACUAUUUGGAUCACUUAGCAGAAGAAGUAAAUGACAAACUACAGGAAACAGGUCAAGUGCCCAUAUCAGAACUUUGUAAAACCUAUGAUCUUCCAGGAAACUUUUUGACACAGGCACUAUCUCAACGUCUGGGUAAAAUUAUCAAUGGGCAAAUAGACCUUGACAAUGCAGGCGUGAUUUUUACUGAGGCAUUUGUGGCUCGACAUAAGGCACGCAUACGUGGCCUCUUUAGUGCUAUUACCCGUCCUACUCCAGUAAUUUCUUUGAUUUCCCGCUAUGGAUUUCAGGAGCAACUGCUUUAUUCUGUACUUGAGGAACUUGUUAAUAGUGGACGUUUAAAAGGUGCAGUAGUUGGAGGAAGACAAGAUAAAGCUGUAUUUAUUCCUGAUAUAUAUUCCAGAACACAAAGCAACUGGGUGGAUUCCUUUUUUAGGCAAAAUGGCUAUCUAGAAUUUGAUGCUUUAUCCAGACUUGGGAUCCCAGAUGCUGUGAGCUACAUAAAGAAAAGAUACAAGACUGCACAGCUCUUGUUUUUGAAAGCUGCUUGUGUUGGUCAAGGAAUUGUAGACCAGGUCGAAGCUUCAGUAGAUGAAGCCAUCAGCUCUGGCUCCUGGGUGGAUAUUUUGCCACUACUGCCUAGUUCUUUAUCGGUAGAAGAUGCUGGAAUGUUGCUUCAGCAAGUGAUGAGAACAUUUAGCAAACACCCUUCAGCCAUGGUCUUUAAUGAUACUGUUGUAGUUAGUGAAAAAUUUAUAAAUAACUGUACAGAAUUGUUCAGUGGAUUGAUGCACCAGAAAGCUGAAAAGGAAAUGAAGAAUAAUCCCGUUAAUUUAAUCACUGAAGAAGAUUUGAAACAGUCUCCUUUCCUGGAAAGUGUUAGUACAAGUAAAAAGGAUAAAAAAGAUGAAAGAAGAAGAAAAGCAGCAGAGGGCAGUGGAAGUGUUCGAGGAGGUGGUGGUGGAAAUGCCAGAGAGAUCAAAAUUAAAAAGACUAAGAAGAAAGGAAGAAAAGAUGAUGAUAGUGAUGAUGAGACUCAGUCAUCAAACACUGGUAGGAAAAAGCCUGAGAUCACAUUUAUGUCAGUGGAAGAAAUUGAAGAUGUUUUGAAGAAACAAAUACAAGAUGGUCCUGAAGAAUUUGUUACAGAACUUGCUGAACAUUUAACAAGAUACCUCAAUAGAAGUUAUCUGGAAGUGGUACGUUCAGUCUUUAUGUCUUCAACUUCUUCUGCAUCUGGAGCUAGUAGGAAACGCACCAUCAAAGAUUUACAAGAUGAAGUGUCAAAUCUAUACAACAAUAUUAGAUUAUUUGAAAAAGGAACAAAGUUUUUUACAGAUGAUGCACAAACCAACCUUGCCAAGCACUUAUUGAAGACUGUCUGUACAGAUAUCACUAAUCUUAUUUUCAACUUCUUAGCUGCUGACUUAAUGAUGGCAGUAGAAGAUCCUACUACCAUAACAAGUGAGAUAAGAAAAAAGAUUUUAGGUAAACUGUCAGAAGAGACUAAAGGUCCUCUCACAAAGCUCCAUAACUCUCUAAAUGAAAAAAGCUUAGAAGACUUUCUUUCUUUUCUGGACUCUGCAGCAGAUGCUUGCGAUAUUAUGGUGAAGAAGGGAGACAAAAAAAAAGAAAGACAGGUAUUAUUCCAACACAGACAAGCACUAAUUGAACAGCUGAAAGUUACAGAAGACCCAGCUCUUAUCCUUCACCUUACAUCAGUUCUGUUGUUUCAAUUCUCAACUCAUUGUAUGCUUCAUGCACCUGGACGAUGUGUACCACAAAUCAUUGCUUUUCUAAGCAAUAAAAUGCCAGAGGAUCAACAUUCUCUUUUGGUCAGAUACCAAGGCCUAGUUGUGAAGCAGCUGGUUAAUCAAAAUAAGAAAACUGGGCAAGGAGAUGACCAGUUGAUUAACCAAGUAGGCAAAGAGCAUGAAGAUGCUAAUAAUGCCAUUCGAAAGGAACUUCAGGAAAUUUCUACAUCUAUCAAGGACCUUGUCCUCAAAUCCAGAAAAUCUUCUGUAACAGAGGAGUAA